GCGUACGCCGGGCUUCGCCUCAGGUGCCGGCUGGUGGUGGCAAGGGUGGCCAGGGCCCGCAGCCCCGAGGCCAGAUCGGACGGUGAGGGAGGCGGGAUCGGCGGGCCGACAAAGUCGGCUUGGACUCAAUCUCUGCCCGCCCUGAUAUAUGUCCCUUUUCCCUGGCGCUUACUUCGUGCCUGGCACCGGGUUGGGAGCCUCACGAUCGUCGGCGUGUCGAUCCUUCCUUUCAGCUUUGCGUUUCAGAGAUGUCUUCCAGAAGUCCCAAAGGUUUAAUUAAAGGUAAAUGGGGAUCAAAGCCUAGUAACUCCAAAUCAGAAACUGCAUUAGAAAAAUUUAGGGGUGAAAUUGAAGCCUUAAAAACAUCAGUGGAUGAAAUCACAAGCGGAAAAGGAAAGUUGACUGAUAAAGACAGACACAGGCUUUUGGAGAAAAUUCGAGUCCUGGAAGCUGAGAGGGAAAAGAAUGCUUAUCACCUCACAGAGAAAGACAAAGAAAUACAGCGACUCCGAGAGCAGCUGAAAGCCAAGUACAGCAAUACUGCAUUGCUUGAACAGCUGGAGGAGAAAACAAAGGAAGGUGAAAGGAGGGAACAGCUGUUGAAAUCCUUGUCUGAAGAGACAGAUGUAUUGAAAAAACAGUUGUCUGCUACAACUGCAAGACUUGCUGAACUUGAAAGCAAAGCCAGUACACUUCGCUUAUCACAGACAGUGGCUACAAGCUGCUUCAACUCAUCAAUGAAUAAUAUUCAUGAAAUGGAAAUACAGCUGAAAGAUUUUUUGCCCAAGAAACAGAAAAUGGAUCCCUGUGAAGCCAGGAGGAAGAGCUUUAGUGGCAUUUCACAGGACUUCACCUUUGCCCACUUCUGUUCCAUAUUUUUAUCAAUAACUUGAGUGGAAAUGUUAA